UAAAUAAAUAGAAAUGAAAAAAUAAACUGCUAAGCAAUAUUGAGAUUUAUAAAAAAAUGCAUUGCUAUUCGAGCGAGUAAAAGAAUGGAAGCCCAAAUCGGGCAAAAAGAUUGGCAUUGCUCCCACGUGUUCAAAAUUUCCAUUUUUCUUCCUCAUUCCAUUUCCAUGGAUUCUAUCGACAAUCUUUCCAAAACCCUAGAGACUUCGUCGAAGAGGCAUAGAUGUGCAGCAUGUUUCAAGCAAUACAAGAAAAAGGAACAUCUUAUCGAACAUAUGAAGAUCUCAUAUCACUCUACUCACCAACCUAAAUGUGACAUAUGCCAAAAGCAUUGCAAAUCGUUUGAAUCAUUGAAGGAGCACACAACUGGCCCACUUUCGAAAAGGAAAUGCUCCGAAGUUUUCUCCAAAAGAGGUUGUAGCCUUUGUAUGAGAAUUUUCGAAAGCUCAGUUUUCCUCAGUGAACACCAGCAAGUGUGUCGCCUACCUGCCCCUACACCCUUGGGACUUUGCACGGAAUCUCAAAUCUACGAUCCUCCGUUAGUCAUUGAACACGAGCGUGGAAGUCGUCCCGAGGCUGUUGCUAUUGAUUGUGCAAUGGUUGGUGGUGGAAGUGACGGAUCACUUGAUCUGUGUGUGAGGGUAUGCCUUGUCGAUGAGGAUGAGAAACUUAUUUUCCACACUUAUGUUCUGCCUCAAAUUCCUAUUACCAAUUAUAGGUAUGAGGUCACGGGGAUUACAGAGGACCAUCUAAAAGAUGCCAUGCCGCUUAAGGAAGUGCAAGAUAAGAUUCUGUAUAUUCUCAACAAUGGAGAGUCGAUUGGGAUAUUACGCUUGAAUGGUGGAAAGGCUAGAGUUCUUGUUGGUCAUGGCCUCGAGCAUGACUUAUAUCGCCUAAGAAUGAAUUAUCCCGAUCAUUUACUUAGAGAUACAGCGAAGUACCCUCCAUUAAUGAAGACGAAUCUCGUGAGCCACUCGCUUAAAUACCUAGCCAACACCUAUCUUGGGUACCAUAUGCAGUCGGAGUUGCACGAUCCGUAUCAAAACUGUGUAUCUGCGAUGAGGUUAUACAAGAGAUUGCGCUCCCAAAAGCACCCAACAAAAGCAAAAGAGCUUCUGUUGACUUGUCGGAAUCGGACAAAUGGUUAUGAUUCAUUCAAGUACAAGGAAAUUGAGAGUAUGUCUGCAAACGAGCUCUUUGAUAUCUCAAAAUCAAAUUAUAGGUGUUGGUGUUUGGAUUAGCUGCAAGCAGGGCCGGCCCUGACAUUCUGGGGGCCCUAGGCGAAAGGAAAAAAAAAGGCCCCCUAGAAAAUGAAGCUUCAUAAUUUUAUAGCAAAUUUGAGAUAGCUGCAUAUAUAACUAACAUUAUUAUAAAGUGCAAUAAAUCAUAAAUUAAUGAUCAAAUAAUUAUACAAAUAAAAAAAAUAUUUUGGGAACAA